CCGAAGCUCUGGCGAGCCCGUGUGGCCGCUUCCUUACCGCCGCUAGGGGAGGGGCGCCUGAGGAGAGAAACCGAGCGCACGCUGGUAUUCAGACUCCCGGGAGACAAAGGCGCCGGGAGCUUUUCUUCAGAGGUGCCUGGCGCGCUGGGGAUGCUGCUUGGCUAGUAAAGGAUCCCGGAGAAAAAUUGUGUGCUAAAUACUAUGGGAUGGGUGAGGAAGAGAACAGAUACACCUCUCAGCUCAAGGAUGUGUAUGACAGCUGUGAUACCACGGGCACUGGGUAUUUGGACAAGGAGCAGCUGACUGAGUUGUGCCACAAACUACAUCUGAAAAGAGAGCUCCCCUUACUUCUGGAAACACUUUUGGGGAAUAAUCACUUUGCCAGAGUUAAUUUUGAAGAGUUUAAGGAAGGUUUUGUGACCAUAUUAUCUUCGACUAUCAGUCUUGGCCUUUCAGAUGAUGAGACCAGCUAUCUGGAGCCAGUUAUUCCAGGUGAGACUCAGCUCAAGUAUAUCACUGGGGCCAAAGGGUAUAGUUGCCGGACAAGGCCAGAACUUGAAAAUGUCAUGUUGGAAGCCCCCAAAUAUUUACAAGAGGAGCAGAACAAUAUAAAUGUAAAAAGUCAGCUCAGACAUUCAACUUCUUUGGAAAGUGUGGAGAGUCUCAAAUCAGAUGAAGAGGCUGAAAACUCAAAAGAAGAACAACAGCAGACCUUUGAAGGCCAAGGUCAAAUGUGCACCUGGGAGGAUAACCUCAUUGACAAUCCUAGAGAAGGAUUGUCUACCUCCUGUUUGAACACAACUGAAAAUCAGAUCAGGGUUACUUGGGAAGAUCUUGGCAUUGGAAAUAAUGGAUACCUCAACAAACAAGAGCUGGAUGCUGUUUGUAAGAACACUGGACUCAAAGAGAUGGAAAAAGAGGAACUUGAAGAAUUAUUUAACAAAUUGGAUAGUGAUGGAGAUGGCAGAGUAAGCUUAAAGGAAUUCCAGCAUGGCUUAUUCAGCCACAUCUGCAUUCCUUGUCCUUUUUCUUCCACGCCACUUAAAUUCAAAAGGCAAAGAUCACACUCUAAUCAGAUUUUGAAAGACAAUGGACAACAAACUGCAACUCCAUCUCUUUUAUCCAACUCAGUGGCUUUGAAUCUUUUCUCCAGCAUUAAUGAUGGUAGUGGUUUUGCAAGUGUGGAGCAAGUUGUCUCCAUCUGGUCCUGGGAAGGGGUUGAAAACUGCAAAGAGAUUUUUAAGAGUCUAGAUUAUAAUGUGGAAGAGCGAGUGAACCUUCUAGAGCUUUCUAUGGUCCUUGAUGAUGAAUUAGUUGCUUCCAAAAAUGGACUUCAACAGGCAGCUGUUGCGUCUUAUAAGCAUGAACUUCAUUAUCUACAAGCACAAUUGGAACGGAUUUCCAUUGAGAGAAACAAAACAAGAACUGAGCUGGAAAAGGUUAAAAAGAUGAAUUGCCAGCUUUUUAAGGAAGUAGAUGAUAACCAUAGUAUUCUGGAGCAUCACAAUGAGAGUAAACUCAGAGCUCUUGAGCGAGAUUUCAAAGGGAAGCUACUGGCAAUAAAGUCCGAAGUCAAGAUGGAACAGGAAUUGCUCAUGCAACAAAUGCACCAUCAGAGAACCAAGUUAGAAUCAGAUUUCAGGGAUCUUCAAGAGGAGGACUCUAAUCUAAGGAAAAAGCUGACGUUGAUGAUCAAGGAAAAUAGUCGAUUACAGAAUGAAGUUGCUGAAGUGGUUCAAAAACUGAGUGAAUCUGAAAAUCAGGUUUUGAAACUUCAAGGAGAUCUUAAUUUUAUUUUGAAAGACAAGCUGGGAUUCCUGGAUCCAUACAGUACGGAACUAUUUGAUCAAGAAGCACGCUUUGCUGAAAUCAUUCAGGAGUAUGAGCUGCAAUGUCGGGAACUGUAUGACAAGAAUGAUGAGCUACAAAUGGAGGUGGAAAAACUGAGAUCCCUGCUGCAUUCACACAAGUCUAACCUAGCACGCUGCAAAAUGAAGACCAACAACACUGGAGAAAGGCCCUUCCCUGGAAAUGAAAAAGCUAGCAUUAUAGAUACCACUUUCAUAACAUCUGAUCCCUAUUCAGUAAGUAUAGAAACAGAACUUCUGUUGGAAGACUUAAAAGAACAGAAUCAAACUAUAAAAACACAGCUAGAAACUAAGGUCAAUUACUAUGAACGGGAAAUAGAACUAAUAAAAAAUAAUUCUGAGAAAGAAAGGAAGGCUAUUGAGCAAAGUUUCAAGAUCAAGAUUAGUGAAUUGGAAGAACAAAAGAAUGCCCUGGAAGAACUGAAUGUGAAAUGCCAGGAAGUGAUUGAUGGUUUGAAAAGUCAGGCUCAGAAGCUAGAUCCUAUCCAAGAAAUGAAGAGAUUUGAGGAGGAGAGGGCAGAAAUGGAGCAGUGCUAUGCUAAAGAAAUGUCCAACUUAGGUCAGAGGCUGGCCCAGGAAAGGAAAAUAUUGGAAGAUGACUUGAAGAUGAAACAUGAAAUGGAGAUACAUUUUAUGAGAUUGGAGCUGCACAGGGUUUCAGAAGACAAUAUCCUCAUUAAAAAUAAACUUGGAAAAUGUCAGCGAGAAAUAGAGGGGAUGGGUGACACAAACCAAAAGCACAGAAAGCACAUUGAUGAAUUGAAAAUGGAAAAAGAGAAGAUGAUAUAUGAAAUAAAAGAAUUAAAUGACUUGAACAAAUGCUACCAAGAGGAAAUCUUACAGCUGAACACCAGGACUGCUCAGCUAAGCCAUGAGUACAUUGAAUUAAGCAGCAAGAAUAAAGCCAGUCAGAAAACAAUCAAGAUACUGAAUCAGAGGUUUCUUGAAUUGGAGAGCCAAAAAGAACAAGAGGCUAUGGUAGCCAAGCAACUUCGGGAGGCCUCUGCUGAGAUGAAAAAGGAGCUUUUUCAGCAGCAGUUGACAUGGCAGGGCGAAAAGGACUUGCUGGAUAUAGAGCUGAAAUCGCUGAAGGAAAAGCUGUUAGAAGCUGACACCAGAUUAAGCCAAGCUGAGUCUCAGCACGCACAGGAGCUGCAACAAUUGAAGACCCAGAUGGACAAUACAGUACCUAAGGACCAUCUUGUUGAGCUUCAAACCAGAUUGGCAGAGGAACAGAAAACCGUCAGAAAGUUGCAAGGCGAUCUAAACGUACAAGCAGAACAAAUGAAAUGGCAACAGGCUAUUUAUCAAGAAGAAUAUGAAAACGCACAUAGAUUAAUGGAGGAGAAGUUGGUGGAAGUAGAGAUGAAUUUGAAGAGUACACAAAUGUUGCUUGAGAAAAAAAUGUCCCAAAUUAAGGAACAAUUUGAAAAAAAUGCCAAGUCUAAUCUAUUGCUGAAGGACCUGUAUGUGAAGAAUGCACAUCUGAUGAAAAUGUUGCAAGUUACAGAGCAGAUGCAGAAGAACACGGAAUAUAGGAACUUAAUUCUAGAAGAAAAAAUUUCAUCCCUUAAUAAGCUAGUUGGAGAAAUCACAUUUGCAUCUCAAUGAAUUAUUUGUAUUAUUUGUAUUUUAUUGGUCUUGUAUGCCGCCCACUCCCGAAGGACUCCGGGCGGCUUACAAUA